GUCUACAUCCGGGCUAUUAGGUCAUUCUACACCGACUGCAGGGGAAAGGUUACGAUGCCGAUUUUUUCAUUCCGUACGACUCCCUUGCCGUCUCUUCGUACCUACACGAUCUUCAGCGUCGUCGUUCUGUGCGUCUCCGUCCUGCUGCUGCGUCAUCAUCCCGACGAGGAGCCGCCCACGCACCAAGUCGCCAGCAACAAACCGGACAACGAAACAGAAAACGCGAACAGCGACGAAAGCGCAGUAUUCUCUAAAUGGGCUGUCAUCAAUAUCUCUUUCUGCGCGCUUCUCUGGUUGAGCAAACUUGCUGUCAAAGGCGUUUACGGCAAGCUGAGAGUCGGAGAAGAGCAGCAAGUUCGCGAGAAGGUCUGGAAUUUCGCGUUCUACCGCUUCGUGUUUGUCUUCGGUGUGAUCAGUAUACAGGAUUUUGAGGAGCUGAUGAUUUGGAUUUUUUGGCUCUCGCUGUUGGGGUUUUUUAUGAUGUGGGGACAACUGGUCAAGAUGAGGAGUGAAUAUAUAUGUCAAAGUCCUCACACACAUUUCUCAGUGCACCUUAAAUUGCUAGCAACGUCUGUAGCUGUUAUCUCCAGCAUUGCUCUUCUCUUCGUUGUUGCUUAUCACGUAGGAUACGACUACGGAGUCGACCACUUCAUGUUCAUGGUUGCAGAGUGUCUCAUUCUGGCUUUGCAGGCAAUGCAUACAAUGAUAAAGCAUGGUAUCUAUUUGUAUGACGAGUCACAGCCGGGCACAUGGGAGAAUAGGGCAAUCUAUUCGUAUUAUAUUGAUUUUCUAUGCGAUGUGACUGUUCUUGCCAUUGAUUUUCUUCAUCACAUUCACAUGAUGUUGUGGAUAAACAUCUUUCUAAGCGUUGCAAGUCUGGUCAUCUUUACACAACUUCGCUCAAUUUAUAGUGAAUUGAAGAAGCGAUAUGAACGACAUAGGAACUUCAUGAGAGUAAGUCAAGAAUUGGAAACAAGAUUUCCAUUGGCUACGAAGGCCGAACUAGAGGAAUGCAGUGACAACUGUGCCAUCUGUUGGGAUGCUAUGGAGUCGGCGAGGAAGUUGCCGUGUGGACAUCUUUUUCAUUUGUCUUGUCUGAGGUUGUGGUUGGAACAGGACACAACAUGUCCGACGUGUCGUGUGAGUCUUGGCCAUUCUCAACGACCGACCGAGCUGAACAACUUGGCACAGGACGCAUUGUUACCACCACAGCAACCACAACAAAUACCAAUUAACAGGAACUCUGUGUGGGAAUUUGAUGGAACUCGGUAUGCAAGUUGGUUGCCGGUCUUCUCAGUCGAGGUUGUUCGAGGGCAGCAACGAAAUAUCCCAUCAGUAGAUGAUAUGGUUCAACGUGUUCGUACUGUUCUUCCUCACGUGCCUUAUAAUGUCGUCGUUACUGAUCUCCAACAGACCGGCUCCGUUCAGCAGACGAUAAAUAACUUGAUAGAGCACACACCGACACAAGUUUCUGUUUCUAACGAUCAAGAACAUUCGACUGUCCGACAUCGGCAACUAUGGACGACGACAUCUGGUCAUUCAGAGAGUGGACUGUCAUUGUCACAUCCACAAGUGGAAGCAGCUACACAAGGUGCUUCAUCUGCAGCUGAUGUCAUCACCUCGGACGAGAACUCUCAGUGCGAAGUGACAGAUCAGAACGAGUUGCUGCAUCAUCAGUCUGAUGAAGAUGGCAACACCAACAACUCUCACUCGCAGGCACGUGUAACAGCUCAACUGCGAUUACCAAAGCUUGAUGAGAGUCAACACGGGGAAGACACAGGAGGAGAAUUCGAAGUUGCUCAAGCGUUUCCCACGGUGAGUAACGAGGAGUCACGUGACGCAUUUGGGUCAUCGACAACGAGGAGAGAAAGUGAGGACAUGCAGCAGAGACGACUGCUUUCAUUGCAGGCUGCAGAGCGACGACUGCAGCAGCAACAACAAUGAUAACACGAGUACAAUUCAUGUUGAAUGAGACGCUUGUGAUGACAUGAUAUUGUAUGAUAUACUUGAUGGUGAACAACUGAGGAAUAGUUAGUCCUGGUUAAUUAUUAUUUGUUCAUUCGAUGAGCUCUUUGCAGUGUUAAGUUUGAGAUGGUGAAGUUAGCUAUCACCUACUGCCAACUGUUUGAUCAAUUUGCUACGCGACAAUUUACAAUGUGGUGAAGUCGUGUGAACGUUUACUGUUGGACACUUGGACACCUGUGUGUGUGUGUGUGCGUGUGUG